AUGGGUAGAGGACCUAAGAAGCACCAAAAGCGCCUAAGCGCGCCGUCGCACUGGCUCCUCGACAAGCUGUCGGGCGUGUAUGCCCCUCGCCCGUCGGCUGGCCCGCACAAGCUCCGCGACUGCAUGCCGCUCAUCGUCUUCGUCCGUAACCGGUUGAAGUACGCCCUCAACUACCGCGAGACCAAGGCGAUCAUGAUGCAGCGUCUCGUCAAGGUUGACGGCAAGGUCCGCACCGACGUCACCUACCCCGCCGGCUUCAUGGACGUCAUCACCAUCGAGAAGACGGGCGAGAAUUUCCGCCUCGUCUACGACACCAAGGGCCGCUUCACUGUCCACCGCAUCCAGGACGAGGAGGCCAAGUACAAGCUGGGCAAGGUCAAGCGCGUGCAGCUCGGCCGUGGUGGUGUGCCAUUCUUGGUUACGCAUGAUGCGAGAACCAUCCGUUACCCCGACCCGCUGAUCAAGGUCAACGACACAGUCAAGAUUGACCUCGAGACGGGCAAGGCCACCGACUUCAUCAAGUUCGACACCGGCGCCAUUGCCAUGGUUACUGGUGGUCGUAACAUGGGUCGUGUUGGUGUUAUCACCCACCGUGAGCGCCACGAUGGUGGCUUCAACAUCGUCCACUUAAAGGAUGCCAUCGACAACACUUUCACCACCCGUGAGAGCAACGUCUUCGUGAUUGGCAGCGAGAAGCCCUGGAUUUCCCUCCCCAAGGGCAAGGGCGUCAAGCUCACUAUCGCCGAGGAGCGUGACCGCAAGCGCGCGGCCACUCUGGCGAGCCACUAA